GUAGGAAGUGAAACAACGGUGCCCAUCAUGUUUUUCACAGCUGGCAAAGGUGGAGAGCUAGGUCAACUUUGCAUGUAUGUUCUCACUAGCCAGACGUCUUUUUAAAUGGCAUUCAAUGUAUGACAUCUGUCAAACAGUGCCCUAGAAAACAAUGAUAGCAAAACAAUAGGAAGCGGUCUUUUGAGCCGGGUCUGUCUGGCAUAACCGCGUCGGCGCUGAACAAUGGCAUCUUCAUCAUUCUUGUGUGUGGCUCACCGCGUAAGCAUGUUGUCAUCAGCAUGGACUGGCCGCCUCGGUCGCUCUUUGAGUUGUACAGUGGCUUUAGAUCUGGGCCGGUCAGCAUUACUGGCCGAGCAGCAGCGACGGCGCUACUGCAUGGACUCAGCCCUGAAUCAGCACAUGGGCGAGCUGACGGACAGGGAGACUAGGGUCUUGGAGCGGCUAUAUAAGGGACUCGUGACCGGGCGUAGGGCCUGUCUGGCGGAGUCUAUUACUCUGGUGGAGACCCAGCACCCUCGAAAGAAGGAGCUGGCGCAGGUUCUUGUCCAAAGAGUCCUCGCCCACCGGCGCCAACAGGAGCGACUUAAUGUGGGGAAACCUUUGGCUUUUAGAAUAGGGCUGUCUGGUCCCCCAGGAGCAGGGAAGUCUUCUUUCAUUGAGGUGUUUGGGAAGAUGUUGACUGGAAGUGGCCACAAAGUUUCAGUUUUGGCUGUAGACCCCUCCUCCUGCACUACAGGCGGGUCUUUAAUGGGCGAUAAGACGCGCAUGACAGAACUGUCCAGGGACAUGCAGGCCUACAUUCGACCCUCCCCCACGUCGGGCACCCUGGGAGGGGUCACCAGGACCACUAACGAGGCCAUAGUUCUGUGUGAAGGAGCUGGGUACGAUAUAGUUUUAGUGGAAACAGUAGGUGUCGGCCAGUCAGAGUUUGCAGUUGCAGACAUGGUGGAUAUGUUUGUUUUACUCAUUCCACCUGCUGGGGGCGAUGAACUGCAGGGAAUCAAGAGGGGGAUCAUUGAAAUGGCUGACUUGGUUGUGGUCACCAAAGCAGACGGAGAUUUGCUGGUUCCUGCACGCAGAAUACAAGCAGAGUACACCAGCGCCCUGAAGCUUCUCCGGAAAAAGUCCAAACUAUGGAACCCAAAGGUGUCACGCGUGUCAUCGCAGACGGGCGAGGGCGUGGCGGAGCUGUGGUCCCGGAUGCAGGAGUUCCAGGAGGUGGGGCUGCGCAGCGGGGAGCUGCAGAGCAGGAGGCGCAGCCAGCAGAAGGUGUGGAUGUGGAGCCUGAUCCAGGAGAGCGUCCUGCAGCACUUCCAGGAGCAGCCCUCCGUCAGGGACGCCCUGCCCGCGCUGGAGGAGCGUGUGACCCGCGGGGACCUCUCCCCUGGCCUGGCGGCCGACCUGCUGCUCAGAGCUUUCUCAACGGCGCAGUGACACCUGCCGUCUGAUAUGCUGCGCCGUAACACACACUACACUACACUGGACUGUUUUAGCCGUUUGUGUGCAAGGAGGAGUGUUUGGGUUUUAAUUUUAUUAGAUUUUUUCAAUUGCCAAUUUUUAAUUAAAUAAAUCAGUGAAGUGAAACCUUAUCAAGCAGGUCCUUGUUAUUUGUCCACACCUUUGCUUAGGUGUGGCCCUUAACUGGCAGAGCCAGGCCUUCACUGCCAGGACUGUCUGUGUACAGUGUGCUCAGUCUGUGUGCCCAAACGGUUCAGUUCAUGUAGCUGAACUGUUGUUCUGUGGUCUUGAAGUGCUCCAGUGUUACUGUGAACACUUUCCAGCACAAGGGCCUUCUGUAUGUGCUCUAAAUAUCCUGUUCCAGCAGGACAGGGGUUCCAGAUCCUUCUCUGCCCUGGAAGGAUGGUAGUGCCCACCCCCAGUGCCCGCCCUGGGGUUGCUGGGUGAUUUUAGAAUGCCAAGCCAAGAUGAUAUCAUCAUUAUCCUCCCCCCCUCCCCCCCCCCCCCAAAAAAAAGUGAAUUUGCAAUGCCAAAAUCGCAAGUGCCUUUAUCAGUAGGGUAGGAAAAAACUAAGCAAAAACAAAGGACCAAAUUGCCACGUGGUUUCUUACAACAAGCUAGUUACUAAGGAAACACCAUGUUAAUAUUCAAGCUUGGGGUGCGUUUGUGAAGCUGGUGCAUUUUCUGGAAGAGGGAGAAAGAGAGCCAGAACGGCCAAAGUGCCAGCUGGCUUUUCUUUUCCACAAGUCCCUGCAGACUUGGGGACAAUCCGCCAACCGUCUUUUGCCAAGUCUUGAUCUUCAAAAAAACACUGGUGCUUAAUUGGCAUUCUGUCACUAGUAGCUGCUACCGGAAUGGCCAGCAGUUUGUCUAUUUAACUGGAAAAGGAGUUAAACUGGAAUUUGAACACUUAAUUUUAACAUUAGCUGUUUAUUUGAUUCCAGAGAAUGAUAUAUCCAAUGUAAAGAUUUUUCAUCAGGCCUAGUAUUGCUCUGCCUGUUCAUUGGAGGGGUGUCCAGUGCAUAUAUCCAAUCUAGGAGUCCAUUGUACUCCACAGUGAAUAAACAGACACGACAGGCGCUCAACAAAAUAAAAGUAAAUGUUUCCUGCUGUAAGAAGUGUGUUAUACAUACUGUAUUUAAUGACUGAUGAGAGCCAUGUAACUUGCACAUUUAUGUUUAUUUGACAUUUUUAAUUUAAACUGUGGCUGUUUCCAGUGUCAUUGAGGAUGACCCUUAAUUUAUAUCCCUGAAAUGAUACUAAAGCAAUGUCACAUAGCACGUAAUAGUUGCCAUGUUGGUGUUGUUUCCUAGUGCCACUAGAUGGCAGCGUAACUCAAUCGUUCAACCAGUGUUUAAGCUCUUCUGUGAUAAUUGUCAGCAAUUCUGUCAGUGAAAUAAUACAUUAUAUUUCUAUUGGAAGGUGUUUCUUCCAGAUUUGAUUUGAAUUUGAAGAUGCAAACUCGGUUUAGAUAGUGAAUUUUCCCCCAUAUUUGCCAUCAUAGUAAAUGGACAUCAGACUUCCAUUUUACAUGGAAACAUGAAGUGAUCUUGUUGCACUUUGACCUGCAAAAAAGAAAAAAACAUUAAGAAAUAAACAAUCAGCGAUCAUCAUAAUCAACCGUGAUCUUAUAUAUUUUGGCAAACAUUACUGUAAAUUUGCCUCAUGCUGAGGUGCGUCUCCACAAAGGAGAAAGUAAAGUGUUUUAUUGAA